UUCGCUGCAGAAACACAUGUUGUUUAGAUCAGAGAUCAAACUAGUUUCAUUUAUAAGGAAGUGAAACUCAGACAGUCGUUGUGACUGAGAGGUGAAAUGGCGCAGAAAGGAGUUCAGCUGGACCGAGAAACCUUCUCUUGUUCGAUCUGUUUGGAUCUACUGAAGGAUCCGGUGGCUAUUCCCUGUGGACACAGCUACUGCAUGAACUGUAUUAAAAGCUUCUGGGAUGGAGAAGAUGAGAAGGAAAUCCACAGCUGCCCUCAGUGUAGACAGACCUUCAUACCGAGGCCUCUCCUGGUUAAAAACACCAUGUUAGCAGUUUUAGUGGAGGAACUGAAGAAGACUGGACUCCAAGCUGCUCCUGCUGAUCACUGCUAUGCUGGACCUGAAGAUGUGUCCUGUGAUGUCUGCACUGGGAGAAAACUGAAAGCCUUCAAGUCCUGUCUGGUCUGUUUGGCCUCUUAUUGUGAGAAACACCUCCAGCGUCACUUUGAUGCAGCUCCAUUAAAGAAACACAAGCUGGUGGACCCCUCCAAGAAGCUCCAGGAGAACAUCUGCCCUCGUCAUGAUGAGGUGAUGAAGAUGUUCUGCCGUACUGAUCAGCAGUGUAUCUGUUAUCUCUGCUCUGUGGAUGAACAUAAAGGCCACGACACAGUCUCAGCUGCAGCAGAAAGGACUGAGAGGCAGAGAGAGCUCGAGGUGAGUCGACAAAACAUCCAGCAGAGAAUCCAGGACAGAGAGAAAGAUGUGAAGGAGCUUCAACAGCAGGUGGAGGCUAUCAAUCGCUCUGCUGAUGAAGCAGUGGAGGACAGUGAGAAGAUCUUCGUUGAGCUGAUCAGUCUCAUCCAGAAAAGAAGCUCUGAUGUGAAGCAGCAGGUCAGAUCCCAGCAGGAAACUGAAGUGAGUCGAGUCAAAGAGCUUCAGGAGAAGAUGGAGCAGGAGAUCACUGAGCUGAAGAGGAAAGACGCUGAGAUGAAGAAGCUGUCACACACAGAGGACCACAACCAGUUUCUACACAACUACCCCUCACUGUCAGCACUCAGUGAAUCUACAUCCAGCAUCAAUAUCCGUCCUCUGAGGUACUUUGAGGAUGUGACAGCGGCUGUUUCAGAGCUCAGAGAUAAACUACAGGACGUUCUGAGAGAGAAAUGGACAAACGUCUCACUGACAGUGACUGAAGUGGAUGUUUUACUGCCACAACCAGAGCCCAAGACCAGAGCUGGAUUCUUAAGAUAUUCACAUGAAAUCACACUGGAUCCAAACACAGCAAACACACAGCUGUUAUUAUCUGAGGGGAACAGAAAAGCAACAUUAAUGAAUCAACAUCAGUCUUAUUCUAGUCACCCAGACAGAUUCACUGGAUGGUGGCAGGUCCUGAGUAGAGAGAGUCUGAGUGGACGUUGUUACUGGGAGGUGGAGUGGAGAGGGAGAGGAGUUUGUUUAGCAGUCGCAUACAAGAAUAUCAACAGAGCAGGGAGCUCAGCUGAAUGUGGGUUUGGAUACAAUGACAAAUCUUGGGCUUUAAUUUGUAACAACAACAGUUAUACGUUUUGGUACAAUGAUGUCCAAACUCCUGUCUCAGGUCCUCUGUCCUCCAGAGUUGGAGUGUAUCUGGAUCACAGUGCAGGUAUUCUGUCCUUCUACAGCAUCUCUGAAACCGUGACUCUCCUCCACAGAGUCCAGACCACAUUCACUCAGCCUCUCUAUGCUGGACUUGGGUUUUAUUCUGGAUUUUGGUUUCCUUAUAUUGAAUCCACUGCUGAGAUCUGUAAACUGAAGUAGACAGAAGUCAUUUAAGUGACAAAAGGUUGAAUUCUGUAUUUUAGUAAGUAAAGUCACGUUUUCUUCAUUUUUUUAUGCUGAGAGCUGAUUGAUCACCUGUCAAUCAAACAUUGUGGGUGGUACUUUGACAUCUUCUCAUUAGUUGUUCUGUAAAAGUUUGAGUUUCUUUAGUUGGAGCUCCUUCCUGUGUCUGUUUAACCAUGGAGGCUAUCACUGCUCAUGAUUAUAUUUGACAUUUCUCUGUAUGAAAAUAUAAACUUCUGUUUGCUCUGAAUGUUGAAUAUUUAUAAUGAUGUAUUUGUUAUUGUUUCUCUUCCACUUUGUGUUUCUUUACAGGGAAAGCUCCAGACCUUCCUUUAUUGUAGAUAUUUUGUUCUCAGUUUUGUUUAAUUUUGUAUGAAAUCUAUUAUAACUGUUGGAAGACCAAAUGUUGUUAUUGUUCAAAUCAACAUACAAAUGAGGUUCUCUGAGGUAUAAAACUGUAGUUAUCAUGAUCAUAAUCAAUAAGGAGAUCAUUUAUUAUUGUCUUUUACAUUGCUGAGAUUCUGAUCAAACAAAUUGAUUGUGUGGGUGAAGUGAAUCUGAGUCACUGAACAGACUUUACUGAUGGAUGUGUGAACAUACUGAAGGUUUAAAUCAUGAAUAAACAAACAUAAAUAAA